AUGUCAGGCGUCCCCGAAAAGGCCCGCUUCUUCCUGGAGCGGGCAGUCCCCCAGCUCCGCGAGUUCGAAGCAAAGGGCAUCUUCUCCCCUGAAGAGAUCCGCAACCUCGUCCGCAAGCGCACCGACUUUGAGCACCUCGUCCUCUCGCCGGGCAACAAGCCCCAGGACUGGCUCAACUACGCCGCAUGGGAGAAGUCGCUCGAGUCCCUCCGCGCGAAGCGCUGCCGCCGCCUGCAGAUCCGCAACUCGACCACACACGCCGGCACCGGCCGCAUCUUCAGCAUCCUCGAGCGCGCCGUGAACCGGCACCCCGCCGAUGUCAACCUCUGGAAGGAGUACCUGACGUACGCAAAUGCCCUCAAGGCCACCAAGCGGUACCGCAAGAUCAUGACGCGCGCGCUGCGGAUGCACCCUGCGAAGCCAGACCUCUGGACCAUGGCUGGCCGCCGGUCGGCGGCGAACUCGGACAUGCAGGGCGCUAGAAACUUCUUUAUGCGUGGCACGAGGUUCUGCGCCCGCGACGCGACCGUGUGGCUCGAAUACGCGCGGUGCGAGAUGGAGUGGCUCCAGAAGAUGGAGGCGCGCAAGAGCAAGAAGGGCGGGGCGGAGAAGGCCAUCAAGGAGCAGGCCGAGCAGACGGACGACAUGAUUGAGUUUGAGGAGGACGACAGCGACAACGACGACGGCCAGCUCGUCAUCCCGGAUCCCGACCGGACGGCCGGCAACAAGAAGGUCAUCAGCGCCGCCGAGGAGGAGAAGCUCAAGAACAACCCGGCCCUCGACGGCGCCAUCCCGCUGGCCAUCUUCGACAUCAGCAGGAAACAGCCUUUCUUCAAGCCCGCCACGGCCGAGCAGUUCUUCUUUGUGUUUGCCGACUUCAGCAAUGUCUCUAGCCAGCAGCGCCUACUACAGCACGUGCUCGACACAAUGACCACAGAGUUCCCCAACGAUCCGUCCACAGCGUUCUGCUACAUACGACAACCCUUGAUCGGAUUACAGCCGAGCUCGUCCGCCUAUGCUAAGGCGCUGCAGCAGGCCCUGCCGCGACUCAGAGCUGCACUGGCGGACUCGACGAACCAAUUGCAGCUGGCCGACAAGAUCACAUUGUGGAUCCAGCCUGUUCUGGCCCUCGAAGAUCUCGACGACAGUGUUAGGAUUGUUUUGCAACACACGCUAGACACGCUACCCAAAUCUUGA